ACCGCUAAAACCAUAACAACAUAAACCAUUCCUUCUCCUCUCCCAUUCAUAUAUUCCAUUCUCCACUUUUCAUUCUUCAAUUCAAUCUCUCUCAUUUUCUCUUCCUUUUGUGCGCGUGUUUUUUACUAUUAGUUAAUUCAUAUUCAAACACGCGCACAAAUGGGUUGUGGCAAAUCUAAACACGAUGUUGCUUCCGAUAGCACCAUCCCCAAGAGCAAGAAACCGAGUGUCGAUGAUUCCAAGGCUGUUCAGGAGAAUGGUGUAGAAACAGAAAUCAUUCAGAAGAAAGCCGUGGACAACAACAAUGCUGAGAAUGAGAAUGUUAAAAAGGUUGCUGCUGAUAAAUCUGAUGUUGUUGUUGUGGAUUCUAAUGAGACAGCAAAUGUUCAGCAAGAGAAUGUUUCAGAGAAGAAGGAUGAAGCUGUUGUUGUCGAGAAUAAGACACGGGAAAUCGUUGCUGCAGAAGAGAGAGAUGAAGAAAAAUCCACAGAAAACCAAAAAGAGGUAGAAACUUUGGUGAAUAAAGUUGAAGAAGAAACAAAAGCUACAAAAGAGGAAGAACCAUUGGUCAAGGAAGAUGGAGAAGAAGCAAAAGCUACAAAUCAGGAAGAAGCUUUGGUCAAGGAAGUUGAAGAAGAAAACAAAGACAAGGAAGAAGAAACCAAAGAAACAGUUCAGGAAGAAACUGUGGCCAAUGAAGAAAAGACCAAUGAGACAAAUGUUUCUACCUCUGAAGUUGAACAAAAAGAUGUCAAAGUUGAUGAGAAGGAACAAUGAAGAAUUGAAACUGGAUGAAGAUGAUGCAUAAUUAUAUUGUUACAAGUUCGCACGUUGAGGAUGUUUUUCUGUUUGAUAAUGUUUUGUGUUGAUUUGGUAUUGAACGUGCAUUGUAUUGUAUGUUCCUUAUUCUUUGAGUCCUCUUGCAAGAGUUAUUCAACUUAAAUAUAUAAUAAUCAACUUUGAUUCA